AGCUGCUAGCUGCUAGCUCACGCCUCGGAUGCAUAACAACUAGUAAACUUUUCGCCCGAACCAUGGCGUCCUAUCAUCAUGUAUUACAACAUCAAACGCCGCGGUUUGAAUCUCCUGCCAAGGUGUUUGCGAAACUAAAAUCCAAAGUGCAGAGAGAAGCGAUGUCCGCAAAGGAGGGGAUUUUCACCAGCGAGGAUCUGCUGUGUACCGUCAGAGAGAAACACGGAGCCGAGUUCAAUACACCCAGCAAGAAAACGGAGAGCAACUGGGCCUCUGAUGAGCUCAAGGAGAACCACAGGUUCGGUUCUUAUCGCAGUGAAGCGCAGGCACUGACUCUGUCGCCCAUAUCGAGUCCACAGAAAACAUUCGGGUGUUUAUAUUCAGACAUCAGCAGCAAACCGUUGGAGGAGACGCCUCCAGAGGACGAGAUGGGACACAGGCGAAGAGAGAGAGCUUUUCUGGAGUCAACGACUAUGUCUCAGCCCUUCUUUCCGGUCAACAGAAACCGGAUCCACCAAGAGCUACCUGAGAUCAGGACCUCGGAUGCUUUGUGCAGCAGGACUCCAGUAAAGACGCAGCCAGCGAGUGACUGUGGAACAUCUGGAGAAGGAUGUGCUCCUCUCAACACACCCAUGUCUCUAGCCAGUAUGUUCUCCCCCAUGAGGAAAAGGCUGAGGAAGAGAAAACUGGACCAGCAGGAGUUUAAGAAAGUCUUUAACAGGACUGAGGAGGUGAGCAGUAAAGUUCUAAGUCAGCCCCCAGGCAGGACAGCAUCUGCUCUCAGUGAGGACAACGUCCACGACAAGACCCAGGACCUGGGUUACGUUAGAAGAUCCUCUGAAGAUCUGUCAGGGAUGAUCCAUGACCCUACGCUCCCACCGCCAAGAUCCAUCACAGAGAAACGUUGUGGUGCUAUUAUUGGAAGGCUUCCUGCAAUGUCCCCAGCAAAGAUGUUUGCUUACAUGAAGGAGAGGGAAAGUAAAAAGGAACCACAGGAAGUUUGUACCAGCAGCAGAAGGGACCUCUUCAAUGGUGGUAAUUUCCAUCAGUCCAGAGACGCUCCUCUCUCCACAGCUCACAGCGUGGGCGAGAUGGAGGAGAGAAGUGCUCCAGAAAGUGUAGUUCCUUCACACCAGUACCAAGUGGACUCGCCUGACAGUCAGUCAGACACGGAUCCCUCAGAGGACGCCUCAAACCUCGCGGUAGCACCACAGCCUGUUCUGCUCGAGGACCCACUUGUGUUGAAUUCUCCGCACGUCUCCAUACCGAAGAAAAACGAGGCCGUGUUCAAGCGCAACAAAUGGCCCAAGCAAGCAAAUUUCCCAAGUGAAAGUGUGAUUUAUCUCAAAAAGUGGUUCCUGAGGAAGAAUCCUAAAGGCCUGUUUGUUGAUGGAAUCCACAGGGAGGACAACAUCCCGUGGAACAGUAACAUCAUCGUGGACCGGAUUUCUGCGUCUGUGCUGAACACCGUCUCCGGGAGGGUUUACAUUCUGGUGGGGAAGAUGAAAAUAGAUGUCGUCUCUGACUUUCCCAAGUGGUUUUUGAAAAAGUUUGUGAAUGGUUUCCCUCCAAACUGGAAGGAGCUUUAUGAGAAGCUGCUGUCAGAGCCGAGAGAAGGAAUGGAGAAGAACACCAAAGGGAGAGGCGUCACAGCGAAGGCAAAACCUGAGGCUUCGAUUAACCGCACUGUGAAGCGACACAGGCAACAAGCUUUGGGAACACCUGAUUCGUGUCCUCCCGACUCCUCCUCCAGUGCAAAAGUGUCUAGAAGUGGUCGGGUGAUCAAACCACCUCUGGAAUACUGGAAAGGCGGGAGAGUCAUUCUAGACGCAUUCAUGAACGUCACCAUCCACGAGUGUUACGACACCUCCAUCUGCAAACCUGUCACUACAACGCCGUCUGCGAGGAAGUCACAGAAACCUGUCAGCGUGUUUCUGCCCUGCAGUGAAGGCUGGAAGCAAAGCGAAUCUGCCAACAACGAGGGUGCAUCAGUGCUACGCAGGAAGGCCAAGCCUCCAAAUCGUAUCAGAGCCAAUAUGAAGCCUGACCAGAAGCCCUCCAGCUCACCUAAACCUGUUGUAGAGACACUCGGCAGUCCUGAGGAGUGGUGUGGUAGAACAAGGUCCAGCCAGAGGUAUCCAGCUAAAGGGGACACUCUCCCGCAAAAUCAAAGUGAACUCGGAAAGUCUUCAACACGACGAUCAAAAAAGCAAACGCACAACACCAACGGGUCUUCAGUGAGAGUGUCAGGGAGGAAAAUGGCUGUCGUAAGUUCCCCAGAAACUCCCCCGAUCAAUGAGCGCACAUCUUCUGAUGAUGAGUUUUCCGCUACGAGAAAGAAACGGGGCAAAAGCGGAAACGUUCGAACCAAGUCACCACCGAACCACGCGUCUUUGUCAAAGCGGUCGUCAGCGUCCCCCAAGGAGAGAGGAGUCAAGAAGAGGACCAGAAUAAGAAAACAUAGCGACGAGGCCCAAAUUAAACACAAACCGAGCAGAUACACCAACCAGUCGCCACCCACGAAGCCUUUGCCUAAAUCGGCACAAUCUGGCAGGAAACACAAGGCAGACAAAAGCAGCAGAGUUACUCCACAUGAACAGGAUGGAGAUGAAUGGACCGACGAAGAGCUGCUGAAGCUACAAGAGGCGGUGUCCUACUAUCCCAAACACACGGCAGGUUACUGGGCAAAGGUAGCGAGGAUGGUGGGAACACGUUCUACAGAGGAGUGCCACAACCAGCACACGUCCCAGGGAGCAUCACAGACUCCAGCUAAAAAUGCCAAGAAACCCAAAAAGGAAAAGGUGGAAGCAGCCAAACCUCCAGCUGCAGAUAAUCCUCUGAUAUCCGCCCGAGUGGGAACCUUAAGGAGGAAGCAGCAGGUGCGUCAGUUCCUGGAGAACAUGCCCAAAGAAGACGUCGAUGAUGUCUUCAGCUCAGCAUACAUGCAGAAUAAACGGUUUGAGAUGCCCUCCUUGUGCCCCAGCGAUGACCACAACUGUACGGAGCUGGAACCCACGACGCCGACGUCGUCGUGUCUCGCCGAAGCAAAGACUCCUCAGUGUCCACAUAUCACUCCCGGCAUGAUGGGUUCUCCAAACAGGAACGACGACAAGUACGUGUAUCAGCUGCAGAAGAGGAUGAAGAAAAGUCGGUUUAACGUCUGCAAGCGCUCGCCUCCUCCAAAGAGCUUCACACCCACACCGUCAGUUAAACGCAGAAUGAAAAGAUGUGUGAACACAGAAAGCGAUACCUUUGUCGUUUGGGAGAUGUUCCCAGGACACGGUGAAGCGCCAUCUGAAAGUGAAGAGGACGAGGAUUUCUACUUCUCAGACAACGACUGAUUGGAGUCCGAGCUGGAAUCAUUUUUAAAUAAACACCUAAAACUAUUUCCAUGAAUCAGUACAACAGUGAAAUACAGGCUUUUUCUUCAUUUAACUCACCAAACGUACACAAUAAAAAAAACUGCUGUUGCAAAUUUUUCUCCUGCAUCAGUGUGAAACAAACACACGUGCCAGAGUAUUUAAUUUAAAGCUUUUUAAACACAUCCGGCAGAGCUAUGUAUUAUAAUUGAACACAUUUUUGUGUUGAGACAAUUUGAUUUGUUGUAAAUUUAAAAGCAUUUUUUUAGGCAGUAGACUUGAGCUGCCGUCUACCAGAUCGUCCCUGUAAAUAGUUUUUGUUUAGAACCUCUGAUCCCACGGUCAGCUGUAAUUAAUUUUUCAUAAUAAACCUUUCCCCCCCAAAAAA